CACAGACACACAGACACCCACCCACCCACCCACCCCGAACUGAAGCUUCCGACUGAAGCUGUGCCGACAUACUUACCCACCUCUGGCCACUAUAUCCCAGACAGCCUGCGUUUCUUGCGACGACAGGUUCUUCGAUCCGUUCAACCCAGCAUACCCUUUCGAGUCUCCACGGCCGCAACACAUAAUGGACGGUUACUACGUAGCCGCGACACAUUCCCUGCGCAGCGAGCGCGGCUCGAGGCGAUCGCGGGAGCAGCGGCCGCUGCGGUUGCUAUCCCUCGAUGGCGGCGGUGUCAGAGGAUUCAGUACACUUCUACUCAUACAGGAAUUGAUGCUACACCUGUUCGUCGAACUCGAAGGGCGCGCUCCACGGCCCGAAGAGAUACCGAAACCGUGCGAUCACUUCGACCUGAUCGGCGGCGUUGGAACUGGAGGACUCAUCGCGGUUCUUCUCGGCCGGCUGAGGAUGGAUCUCGAGACGUGCAAAGACGUCUACGUAAAGGUCUCGAAGAAGGUGUUUCAGUCGGACAAAACAAUCGCAGGCCUGCCGCUGAAGAAGACACUGUUCAAAGCCUCGCGGCUGGAGGAAGCUAUCAGAGACAUCGUCAAGGAAUUCGAAUGUCCACUUCCGCCCAGCAACGAUGCGUUCAGUAGCUACUCCAGCCCGCGGGCACCGGGCACCCCCGCUUCCAGCCACCACGGCAGCCAGAUAUUCCAAAGCGCUUGGGAUGCAUCCAGCACGGAAGGCUCGGUUCAGAGCGGCAGUAAUAAAGAGCCGGAGACCGACAACGGGAAUGCACUGCUGUUCGAUUCGCGGCCGGAUAGAUGCAAGACUUUGUUGAUGGCGACCUUCAAGGGCUCGGACGAAAACACGCCUCCAGCGUUCCUGCGGACAUACGAAUCCGCGCAGUCGACGGCGAUCAGCCCGAAAUGCACCAUCUGGGAGGCCGGACGGGCAACGGCCGCGCACUUUCCCGCGUUCAAGCAGAUCAAAAUCGGCCACGACAUAUUCAUUGACGACGGCUCGGGGCGGUAUUCGCCGGUUGUCCAGAUCAUCGAGGAGGCGAUGGUGCACGAGUGGCCGGGAAGAGAGGUCGGAGUGUUGGUUAGCAUUGGGUCCGGGAAGGUGGCUACUACUACAUCGACGGCGUCGACGACGACGAACGGCGCAGCACGAUCGACGAUCCGCAGAGAACAGUCAACGUCGUUUCUCCGCUCAACAUCGCUGGGGAAGAUGGUCGAUGCGAAACACAAACACAUGUCGAAGAUGGUGGACUGCGAAAAGAUCCACCAGGAGUUGAUCCGGGACCUCGAACGGAAAGGGGUAGCGCAGGAUAGCUACUUCCGGUUCAAUGUGGAGGUGGGGAUGGGCGACUUUGGCAUCAACGAGUGGAGUCGAAUGGCCGAGAUCUCAACCAGCACGCGGAAAUAUCUGUCGAAGCCGGAAGUACAUGCCAUGAACAGAGUGUGUGCCGAGAAAAUGGCGAAUAUCCACCAUCAGCCUGUAUCGUACGGCCGCUCGUCAUACGGCACGUCGCAGACAAAUUCUGUGCCUUCGCGGUCGUCCAAGGGGUCCAGCUACAGAAACUACGUGAGCCGCGAUCUUCCAUCACUUCCGCACAUAAUCACCCAAGACGGCUGUAUCUCUGAAGACGACGAAACGCAGCAGCACAUCGAGGGGCUGGAAGCACUGGUGUCGAAAAUUCACGCACAUCACAUCUGAUGCAGUGAAAGCGUGGUUGGAACUUUGGUUUGGCUUGUUGCUGGCAGCUGGAUAAACGGGUAUUUUGUGAGAAGGUGUUUUUUUUUGGUUUUUGCGAUUCUUUUCGGAGUGUUGGGAGUUCCAGGCGGUCGGAUGCGUCAUGUUUUGCAGUGUAGUGGGUUGAUUGUUCUCGUUGAAUUACCUACUCGGAGCUGGUUCUCGUGGUCAUAGUAGUAGUCGGGUCAUCACUCGUAUUAGUAAUCCUUGU